UGAAACUGUCAUCUCAAAUGGAUAGUUAGAACAACUUUGAGAGAGAAGGAAGAAAGAACAGUGGUCCAAUUUCAAUUUGUAAAGUUGCACUAAACUGGGAUCAUCUGCUGACAUUGAGUUUGGAGAAUGCUCAAAUCCAAGUGGUGGCCCACCAUUUCAAUGGUCUUGAUCAUUGUAGGCAUGUGCUGCAUGCACGAAUGUGGUAGAGAAAAGUAAAGAACAUCGAUUUACCGUUGUUAAUCUUGAGACUAAUUACAUGGGCAAAAUUGUCCAAUACUGCUGGUGUUAUAUGUUUUAGAUGUUUUCCCCCUUGCUUUUUGUGCUAGUAUCUUUGAUGGUAUUUGCAAGUUUGCUGCAAUACAAGGCUACAUCCUCUUCAUUAUACUAAUUACUUCAGAAUGGUAUCUCAUGUAUUUGCAAAGAUGGCAUCAUAAUGAUGAAGUGUUGCACAUGCACUGUUUCUCUUUCCUCAUGCAAAUUGUUUAUGUUGCCCUGCAAGAUGGUGAUGUCAAAAUGGCAGAUGCCACAACAGCAAAGACCGAAAAGAAGGCGCCUAAAACAUCUGCAACUCCUAGUGCCCAGACUUCUAGAUCAAAAACCCUAUUUGUUGGCAACCUAUCCUAUUCAGUCGAAAGAGCUGAUGUAGAGGAAUUCUUCAAAGGUGCUGGUGAAGUUGUUGACGCCCGAUUUGCAUCAAAUGAAGAGGGUGUCUUCAAGGGAUUCGGCCAUGUUGAGUUUGCCACUGAGGCAGCAGCUCACAAGAUUCAUUUUGCCAAACAUAUCAAUGUAUUCGAGAGUUCGUCAAGCUUUCAGAUACAAAAUAGGUGAACAAUCGAUGUCUAUAGUCAUGGUUCAUGGGAAACUUGAACCCUUUAUUUUCUUUUCUUUAAUAACUUUCAUGUUCUUUCCAUAUUGUUUGUAAAUUGCAAUGAUAUUGUAAAUGUUGUUCA